AUGGAAGCCGAAAAAGUGCAGGGGAAUCAGAAGAGCAGUGAUGAAAUAAGAAUUGUGCUGGUUGGAAAGACUGGAGUAGGAAAGAGUGCAGCAGCAAAUACCAUCCUGGGAGAAAACAAGUUUAAAUCAGAUCUGUCCUCCUCCUCUGUGACCAUAGACUGUGAUAAAGCCAAAGGAGAAGUCAAUGGGCAAAAGGUGGCCGUGAUUGACACUCCAGGCUUGUUUGACACAAAAGAGGAACAAACUUUGAUUGAGGCAAAGAUUAAACUGUGCAUAUCGCUCUCCGCACCAGGCCCUCAUGUUUUUCUCGUGGUUGUGCAGCUUGGGAGAUUUACAGCAGAGGAAAAAAGUACUGUGGAGCAAAUUCAGAAAAUCUUUGGUGAACAAGCAUCAAAAUACACCAUGGUACUGUUCACUCAUGGAGACAAGCUGAAGCGUGUACAGAAAAGCAUUCAUACGUUUGUUAAAGACAGUGCUGAUCUGCUUGACUUUGUCAAGACUACAAGUGGCCGAUACCAUGUUUUUGACAAUGAAGAUAAGGAUCCAAACCAGGUCAACAUGCUGUUUGAACAAAUAAAGCAGCUUAAGACUGUAAAUGGUGAAGAGUAUUACACUAAUGAAAUGCUUCAGGCAGCUGAGAGAGCAAUAGAAGAAGAAAAAGAAAGGCUUAUGCUGCAACAACAAAUGACUGAACAGGAAGCAAGAUACAGAGCAGAAAGAAACAAUAAGUUUGUGAAAGCCGGUGUGGUAUUGGCAGGAGGCGCUGCUGCUGCGACUGUUGCUGCUGCUGUUACUGUUAAAGCCUGCCAGCUUCAAUGA